CUAUCAUUUGUGGAAGUUAAGAGUUACCAAAAUCAGAACUCAAUAAACUUGAUGUGGCUUUGAUCUAAUCCAGGUUUACUUGUGUGACAACUUCAUUGAUGAGACUGGAUCACAUUUAGAUGAGUUGUGGCAUAUUGAUAUCUUUGGGUUCUUGAAAUUACAUUUAGACUAUGUGCUCUUACUAUAUAGACUGAAUUCGGUCAUCAGGUUUCUUCUACGCAGCGCGUGGCUUUCACGGAAAAGGUCUGCGAGUGGUUCUUUCGUAUGUAUGCCUCACGAGCUCCACGAGGUAUAUCCUUACUAACGUCUCCAUAUAUAGAGAACCCUUGUUCUUGCCAAACUCUACAUCUUCAAAGAUUUUUCAUCAUCUGUUGUGAAAUAUAACAUGAGGAGGCCAAAGUCAUCUCACGUCAGGAUGGAACCUGUUGCGCCUCGUUCACAUAACACGAUGCCAAUGCUUGAUCAAUUUCGAUCUAAUCAUCCUGAAACAAGCAAGAUCGAGGGGGUCUCUUCGUUGGACACAGCUCUGAAGGUGUUUUGGAAUAAUCAAAGGGAGCAGCUAGGAAACUUUGCAGGCCAAACUCAUUUGCCGCUAUCUAGGGUCAGAAAGAUUUUGAAAUCUGAUCCUGAAGUCAAGAAGAUAAGCUGUGAUGUUCCUGCUUUGUUUUCGAAAGCCUGUGAAUACUUCAUUCUAGAGGUAACAUUACGAGCUUGGAUGCAUACUCAAUCAUGCACUCGUGAGACCAUCCGGCGUUGUGAUAUCUUCCAGGCCGUAAAGAACUCAGGAACUUAUGAUUUCCUGAUUGAUCGUGUCCCUUUUGGACCGCACUGUGUCACCCAUCAGGGUGUGCAACCUCCUGCUGAAAUGAUUUUGCCGGAUAUGAAUGUUCCAAUCGAUAUGGACCAGAUUGAGGAGGAGAAUAUGAUGGAAGAGCGCUCUGUCGGGUUUGACCUCAACUGUGAUCUCCAGUGAACAUGAAGCUGCUCUGGAAGACAAAAACUUGAAGAAGAGAAGAAAUCUGAAGAGGAAUCACCCAACAACUCUAUGUUAUGUUCACCUUAUAAUAGUUUAUCAUAAACUCAUUCACUAAACUAUGUGUAUUAUUUAUUGUUCCUGAAUAAAAAUACAAUGUUUCGGUGUU